AGCUUCCGGCUGGCGGAGGUUGGGACGGCGGCGCUGUGGGGCGGACUCUGGGUCGCGACGCCGACCCGUGCCCCUGCCCCGUUCGGCGACUUCGACCCCGACCCCCACCUGGGCCGUGACUCCCACCCGGUCAUACCCGUAUGGCCCGGCACGUGUUCCUGACAGGACCCCCAGGGGUUGGAAAAACAACACUGAUCCAGAAAGCCAGUGAAGUUUUAAAGUCCUCUGGCGUGACAGUCGAUGGGUUUUAUACAGAAGAAGUCAGACAGGGAGGAAGAAGAAUAGGUUUCGAUGUUGUCACGUUGUCCGGCGCCCGUGGACCUUUAUCCAGGAUUGGGUCAGAGCUUCCGCCUGGAAAGCGUGAGUGCUGCGUUGGGCAGUAUGUGGUAGAUCUGACUUCCUUUGAGCAGCUGGUGCUUCCUGUCUUGAGGAAUGCAGGUCCCAGAGGUGGCCCGGGGCAGAGCGUGUGUGUCCUCGACGAGGUGGGGAAGAUGGAGCUCUUCAGCCAGCCGUUCAUCCAGGCCGUUCGCCAGGUGCUGUCCACCCCGGGGACUGUCGUCCUUGGCACCAUCCCAGGACCCAAAGGAAAACCGCUGGCCCUCGUGGAAGAAAUAAGAACCCGAAACGACAUUAAGGUGUUCACUGUCACCAAGGAAAACAGAAACCGCCUUCUGCCAGAGAUCGUGACGUGUGUGCGGAGUAGCCGGAAGUGAGGACUUUCUGCAAGUGAGCACAUUUCUUGGAAGGGAGCCUGAGUUCCCUGCCUGUCCAGGUUUUUGGCCUUUGCAUUUAUGAAACCUUGGAGGCUUUUCCAAAGAAAGCCUGAUAGCUGUUUUCCGUAAAAUGUUUAAAAGAUCAGAUUAGCCUUAAUGCUGGAUUGACUUUACAAGAUUAACAAUCCACUGUGGCUUAUUUAUGCUGAGAGAUUUCUGUUUAUUUCCUCUUGCAGUUGUGCAUGUAAUUUGGGUAAAUUAUGAAAUGAGAAAUGGUUUCCGGAGUAUUAGAUGGAAUUUGCCCCCA